AUGGGAUCCAGCCAGAAGCGAAAGAAGGAAAAAAAGAAAGACUUCCAGAAACCAAAAUUAAAGGUUGGCAAGGCCAGGCCUCAAGCUUCAAACUUCACAGAUACAAGCUUCAAAGCAAGAUCCAUUGUUCUGAACCAGCAAUCUCUUUCUACCACUGCCCCUUCCGCCACAGCUCAAUUUUCUCACUCCCUGUCACUAUUAAAUUCAAAAUCAGAUACCCAAAGAAAAGAGGCACUGGCAAACUUGGCAACAGCUAUUUCUUCUCGUCCAGUUAAUUCGCCUCUCCCUCAGCCUGUCAGUGUGAUUUUGCCAUCUCUGGUUCCACUGGUUCUGGACGGCAGCAAUGGUGUACGCACACAAUUGGUGAAGCUACUCAAAGUACUUCCAGCCGCUGAUAUUGAAGGCCAUGCGUCAUUUCUACUUCCAUAUAUCCGUGCUGGAAUGACGCAUCUCGCAGCAGACAUUCGCCUCUCUGCCAUUGACAUACUUUCCUGGUUGCUGUCCGUCACAGGCCAAGAAGUGGUAGCGUGUGCUGGUGGAUGGAUCAAAACACUAAACUGCUUUCUUUCUAUUCUUGGAUGGCACACAGAAGAAUCGGCAAAGUGGUCAUCGAAUCGAGCUUCGUUUGGAAAAGCGGGUAGUGAUGGCAAACCGAUGGCAAGGGUGCUCCAGGCUUUCGCUGAUUUCCUGCGCGAGGGGUUGUGUGCUCCUGAUAAUGAAGCCCAGGAUGCUGCUGGGAGUGAUUUCUAUGGAACGGCAUUUCCACUUCGUCAAACUUUGCAGCAUCUGCUGCCUAUGAGCUCCUCUCCGUAUGCAUAUCUCGAUCUGUUUGGUCGACCAAAGGAUGAAGAAGGCGAAAUGUACGAGUCUCGUGAAGAUAGACUAAGAGUAUUUACGCAAAAGUUCCAGCCGGCAGUACUACGAGGGAUAAACGCUGCAAAAAAAGACGGCGGUGAAGUUGGACGUGUUUCAGCCAGUGUUAGCAAGGCUCUGAAAGAGUCUCGAAACAGUCGGGGUUCGCUGUAA